AAUUAUUUAGAUUAUAAAAUGGAAAGAGAGGAAAGGUUCUUAGAAAUUUGCAAAGGAAUUAGAAGUUUGGAUGGUGAGAGUGUAAAUUCGACAAUAGAAUUCAUUGAAACUCCUUGUGCAAAAGAAUAGAGAGACAUUGUUAGAAAACUCUUGAGAAAAGGAUAUAGCAAUUCUUAAAUUUAUUCAGAGGUCAAUAGAGUUUUCGGAACUCAUUCCAUUUUAAAAGUUUAUUGUUGGGAUGUCAAAGACCCUAAAAAAUAUUUUGGAAUGGGUUUUAUUGGAAUAGGCAUUGCUUUUGGAAUGGCAGUUCUAAAAAAAGCAAUCAAGAAAUGAUAAAAUAAUCAGAUAUAAUUAUAUAGGUG